AUGCAACCCUCCGGCAGACCAUCUCUCCUCGAGAAGCACCCCGACGACAUCGUAGUCACAUCAUGUCUGCGCACCGCCAUCACCAAGGGAGGUCGCGGAGGCUUCAAGGACACCGCCGGCGCUGAUCUCCUCACCGGUGCCUUUAAAGCCCUCAUCGAGCGCUCUGGCAUCGACCCAAACCUCGUUCAAGAUAUCGCUGUGGGCAACGUACUUGCACCAGGCGGCGGCGCCACCGAGUUCCGCGCAGCUGCUUUGGCCGCAGGCUUCCCAGACAGCACUGCUGUCCACUCCCUGAACCGACAAUGCAGCUCCGGGCUGCAAGCAUGCGUCGAGGUCGCCAAUGCAAUCAAGGCCGGCAUGAUCGAGGUCGGCAUCGGUGCCGGAGUCGAGAGCAUGAGCACACAGUACGGCCCAACCGCUGUGACCGAAUUCAGCGACAACCUCCAGGCACACCCCAAGGCAGCCGAGUGCCAAGUGCCCAUGGGCCAGUUGAGCGAGCAGAUGGCAAAAGACAAGGCUAUUGCUCGGAAAGAUCAGGAUCAAUUUGCGGCCGAGAGCUAUCGAAGGGCCGGCGAGGCGCAAAAGAAGGGACUUUUCGACGAGGAGAUUGCACCUCUGAAGGUGAAGUGGACAGAUCCCAAGACUGAGGAGGAGAAGGAGAUCACUGUUGCGAGGGAUGACGGCGUGCGCGAGGUCACUGCUGAGUCUCUCGGCAAGAUCAAGGCUGCUUUCUCCAAGACCGGCUCCAUCCACGCUGGUAACGCAUCUCAAAUCUCCGACGGUGCUGCUGCUGUUCUUCUCAUGAAGCGCAGCACCGCUGAGCGCCUCGGACAACAAGUCUUGGGCAAGUACGUCACGGCAUCAGUCAUCGGUGUACCGCCACUUCUCAUGGGAAUUGGACCAUGGAAGGCAAUCCCAGUGGCUUUGGAGAAGGCUGGCAUCACCAAGGACGAUGUCGACGUUUUCGAGGUCAACGAGGCUUUCGCUUCGCAAUGUCUGUGGUGCGCCAACGAGCUUGGUCUGGACAUGAGCAAGGUCAACCCGCUUGGUGGUGCGAUCGCCUUUGGCCACCCACUGGGCUGUACCGGUGCUCGACAGGUGAGCACAUUGCUCUACCAGCUCAGGAGGACGAAGAAGCAGAUCGGUGUAACUUCCAUGUGCGUGGGAACUGGUAUGGGUAUGGCUGCUGUUUGGGUAGCAGAGUAG